AUGGAACCGGUGCAGUAUAGCUACGAGGACUUCGGCCGAUUGCCCAGAUUUGUGGUUGGAUUGAUGGGAUACGACAUGCUAGGUGUGCCGAAGACCCCAACCCGGAGGAUUCUAAUGCGAUUCUAUCGCUUUAUUUGCCUCGCCAGCCACAGCGUUUGCGUGGGAUUCAUGAUAUUUCGAAUGGUUGAGGCCAAAACCAUUGACAAUGUUUCGCUGAUCAUGCGCUAUGCCACGCUGGUCACCUAUGUCAUCAACUCGGAUACGAAGUAUGCCACCGUCUUGCAGCGCCGUGCCAUCCAAAGUCUAAACUCCAAGCUGGCCGAUCUGUAUCCGAAGACCACCCUGGACAGGAUCUAUCUUCAGGUGAAUGACCACUAUUGGUCCAAGCCAUUUGUCUACUUGGUCACCAUCUACAUUGGCUCGUCGAGUUUGGUCGUCGUGGGACCCAUUAUUACCUCGUUAAUUUCCUAUUUUACACAUCGUGGCUUUGCCUUCAUGCAUUGCUAUCCCUACUUUCAAUUCGAUCCUGAAAAACAUUCUGUUUGGAUAUACGUUGGUAUCUAUGUCCUGGAGUGGCUGCACAGCACCCAGAUGGUCAUCUCCAAUAUUGGCGCGGAUAUCUGGCUGCUGUACUUCCAAAUACAGAUUAUUCUACACUUCAGGGGCAUUAUACAGUCGUUGGAGGAUUACCAGCCCAGUGGGGAGCAUGAUCUUAAGGAUCGUAAGUUCCUGGCGCAAAUUGUGGACAAGCAGGUGUACCUAGUCGAGCUGCAAAACGAGCUAAAUGAGAUAUUUGGAGGAUCGCUGCUUUUGAGCCUACUUACCACCGCUUCGGUUCUUUGUACGGUGGCUGUUUACACACUAAUUCAGGGCGCCACUUUGGAGGGCUGUAGUUAUGUGUUGUUUAUCGGCACUUCGACCAUGCAGGUGUAUUUGGUUUGCUAUUACGGUCAGCAAGUCCUGGAUUUGAGUGCUCAGGUUGCACAUGCCGUGUACAAUCACGAUUUUCAUAAUGCCUCUAUUGCCUACAAGAAGUACCUGAUGAUAAUUAUCAUAAGGGCACAACAGCCCGUUGAAUUGAAUGCCAUGGGUUACCUGUCCAUUUCGCUGGAUACCUUUAAACAGCUGAUGAGUGUGACUUACCGUGUUAUAACCAUGCUUAGGCAGAUGAUUCAGUAGUAUGCAAAAGCAAAGAUUUUGCUAUAUUAGCCGCUUUAAUCGCACUACACUAGACAACA